AUGCUUCCGAGCGCCUCAGACUCUGCGCUCCCGCAGCCCAGCGAAGGCCGUGGCGCUCAGCUAUCAGCUGUCGAGGAAGACGCUCGUCCUCGAGAAGAGGAACAGCUGGUUUUUUCCUCGCCCAUCUUCGAUACUUCCUGCUCUUCUUCGUCCUGUUCCUUUUCCCCUCUUCCUCCAAUUCCUUCCUCUAGCGCCCCUUCUUCCUUGUCAUGGCCCUCGUCGUCGACCUACGCCGCUUCGGAGUCGCCUCCCUUAUGUGAUCUUGCUCCGGUUCCUUCUCUCUCGCCUUCCGUCUCUUUUGCCCCGGCGUCUCUCCCGUUUUCUCUUGGCGCUUCGCGUGCGUCGUUUUGCGCCUCUGUCGUCUCACACGCGUUGCCGCGUGCCUCUCCGUCUGUCUAUCGUCUGGCGAGUCGCCCUCCCGCCGGCCCCGCCUUCUUUUCUUUACUUUGGGAUGUCUCGUCUGAACAAAUUCCCCGUCCUCUGCCGCCAGUCUGUUCGCCUGCUCUGCUUCCCUUGCACCAUACGUUUUCCUCCUUCUUCACUUCUCUUGUGGAUCCAAAUGCCUCCCAGACAGUCGGGGCGCAAGUCUCCAGCAGCCAUGGCCCCUCCACUCCACGCGUAGCGCUGGAAAGGGAGCGCGGGAGCUCUUCGGCUGCCUUUGCCUCGGCGGCUUCUGCCUCCCUUUCUGCCGCUCCUUCUCCGUCGCGUUCUCCUUCGCCUGUCUCGUUUCCUGCAGACACCUGGCUUGGCUGUGUGGGAGGCUGUGGACAGCAAGAAGCAAGAGAGAAGAGGGGCGAAGAAGAGGGCCGAGAGGAAAAAGGGACGCGCACCGCGCCUCGGAGUUUCGCGGCGCGGCUGUACAGACAGCAAGAUGUGUGGCGGCGCGCGCGAGGCGUUUCCGGGAACUUGUUCAUUGACCAUUUCAGACAGCAACGCCUGGGGGAAGUCCGACUGAACGAGCUGUCCUAUUUCCUUGAGACGUGCUAUCUGCGGACCCUCGGCGUGAGCACGAGUCGCGGCCUGUGGAGCAACCACACUGCGUCGAUCACGCGCCUGGCUCUGGACCACACUGGACGCUUCCUGCUGAGUGGCAGCGUGGACUGCCGUGUCUCACUCUACGACCUCGACGCCGACAUCCUGCACGCACUCAACGGCGGCCACGGACCAAUCACGCGUCGCCUGCCGCUGGGAUUUGUCACUCGCCGAGAAAAAUCGAAACCGCCGAAACGCAUUCUCCACCCCACGCACUGCCAGUCGCGUCUUCUGCCGCUGCCGGGCUCUCUCGUCUCUCCGCUUGCUGGCUCCGAUUCGCGCCUCUCCGCCUCGUCCUCUUUUUCCUCUUCCUCGUCUUCCUGUGGAGCGAGAAGAGGAGUCGGACGAGGACACUACCAACGUGUCACGACUGUCGCUUGGCUGCCGGUCGAUAACGGUCUCUUCGUCUCCGCAGGCCUCGACCCCGUCGUCAAGGUCUGGGACACCCAUGCUUGGGAAUGUGUGUAUGACAUCCCUCUCGGCACACCAGUUCACUGCGCGGCCUUUUCCUCUUCUCUCUCGUCUUGCCCCGGAGACGCGUCCUCUGGAAAGUAUCAGCCCUUCGUCGAAAAUAGAAGCGAAACGGCGGCUCUUCUCACCCCCCUCCUGGCAUGCGGCGGAGGAAACGGAACUCUUCAGCUCUGCGAUCUGCGCCUUGCAGCCCCCACGCUAACUUUGCUCGGCCAUCAAGGCCCGGUGCUGAGCGUUUGUUGGCAUCCGAGGCGUCCUUUCGAGAUCUUUUCUGGCGGCCAAGACGGGACUAUGCGAACGUGGGAUAUUCGGCAGGGCGAUGCUUCCCUCUUUCAGUUCAAUCACCUCGUCCCUGAUCGCGACUUCCUCGAAAUUCACGGCACGACGCUGCCCGCCGACCAGGGCCCUUCGCAAGAUGAUCUUUUCGACGCUUCUCAAAGCGAGUUGCAGAGGCGCCGCCGUCCUCCGAGUUCCUCAGGUCGAACUGGUGCAUCAUCUCACGACACCGUUCCUCCUGCUUCCUCUUCUUCCUGGCCGAUCCGUCCGGCUGAGAUGGAGCACGACGAAGAAGAAACCGCUAAUGCGUGGCGCAUCCUUCUAAACUACAGGUCGACAAAGGCACUGUCUUCCUCUUCUCCCUCUCCUUCCUCUUCUGUGCGUGGAGUGUCGGGCUUCUCUGUGUCUUCCUCGCGUGCGCACCAUGUGCGGGUAGACAAGGUGUCUCAGCCAGCGGAACGGGAAGUGAAAACUUCUUUUUUCCGACGCGCGCCUCUUCAAGAACGCGAAGAGCAAGUCGGGUUGGGAGGGAAGUUCGCAAAUCCUUCAAAAGAGGAUUCGGCUCCUCGCUUCCGAGUCAAGCGAAGAAAAGGUGGAGGCGCCUUGCUCCCCUACAUGCCGGCGCUUGAGCUCGUUUAUCGCCCACUGGUAGCUGAACAGGGACAGCGAGAAGAGAGAGAACAGAAGCCAAGUUGGACGGAGGCAGAGCGAAGGAAGGCGAGAGUGCGUGGAGACGCGGGCACGGAAGCAUGCGACGCUUCUCGGCCUCGUCAUUCUCAGAGAGAGGAAGGGGAACGAGCGGACGCUGUAUCUUCUCGGGAGGGUGGGCAGAAAGAGGCACGUGAACCAACGGAGACAGACGCUAAAAAGAGGCAGCGAGCGUCUCUCCGCUGUAGCGACACAGAAGACACCAAAGAAAAGGGAGGAGCGGCCUUCGUUUCGUUUCCUCCAACUUCCUCAUCGACGACUUCAGGUCCUGCAUCUGCUUCUUCGACCGCCCGAACCGCACAGAGGAACUCGCCACAUUCGUCGCAGUCUUGUUUCACUCGCUCAUCUCCCUGGGAGACACAAGCGGCGCCUUCAGCCGCACUCGCCGUUUCUUCCUCUCCACCAGGGGUGUCUUGCCCCCGCGUCUCUCCCUCUUCUCCUUCCUCUUCCUCUUCUUCUCCCUCUUCGUCUUCCUCUUCUUCCUCUUCUUCUUCCUCUUCUUCUUCCUCUUCUUCUUCCUCUUCAUCCUCUCGCGCCUCGUCGUCUUCGGAGAGCUCGCAGAGUGACGGCGAAGAGAGGGGAGCGCGUGUCGAGAUUAAAAAGCGAGCGCCGGGACGACGUCGCACAGGCGUUUGUUAUUUACCGCCCGCCCAAGUAAAAGAGAAAGGUUCUGCGAGGCGCUUCUCUGCUGCCCGUCUGCGGUCUUCGCGUGCGCCAGGCAGAGGCGGGGCUGCACGGCUUUCGUCUGGGGGAAACGCCGGGAGCCUCGCCACGCCUCCCACCUCUGGUGAAUCGCCGGUGCCUCCUCUAUCCUUUUCCUCUUCUUCUUCGUUUGCGCGCGGUCCGCCAACGCGCGAGAGGGAGAAGGCGAACGGCGGCGACUUCUCGGGCGGGAAUGAGCCGUCGGACAAACAAGGCAAGGGAAACGACCGGAAGACAAGAGGCGCGUCUCGCGAGUCGAAGGAAGAAGAGCGAGGAGCCGAAGCGCUUGUUUCUGUCUCGCUGAUUUCAGAAUAUGGAACUCUCAUGCGAAAACAUCUUCAGACCCGAGGUUCGGGGGAAUUCCGUCCUCCCCGGGGCCACCACGCACCUGCAGAGUCUCCACUGUCUCCGCGGAGAGACGUCUCCGUCCCUUCUCCUCGGCGAAGCAACGGACCGCUGCAUGCGCCACAGGCGUCUCUCGCGGCCAACGAAAGAGAACCUGCGCGGCCUGUGAGCGCCCGCAGCGGCCGCCCCGCCGUUUCGUCCUCCGCUGCGCGCGCCACGUCUUCUCUGCCUUCUGAAGGGGCGUCUUCGUCCCGUCCCGUGAAGGCCCCCGGAGCACCCAGGGGCUGUCCCGUCGCCGGGAAAGGCCAAGCUGAGAAAGGCGGCUUUCUGGAAUCAACAACGGGACUGUCCUAUUUGGGUCGGCGCGAAGGCGUCACGGAUCGUCUUCUUUUUUCGCGGGUUUCCUCCAGAAAACUCGGGCGCGUCUCUCUCCACCUGCAGUCUCCCGCCUCGUCGGCGCCCGCCUACGCACACGAAGCGGGCGUCACGGAGAUUGUGAGCGACGGCCGGUUCGUCCUCUCUGCGGGGCCAGACGGCUGCAUGCGGCUGUGGAAUGCGGACUGGGGAUGGCACUGUUUCGUUCACUACGAUCUCCUCCGGCCUCUGCCGCACCGCCCCAGGGUCGCGGGCGCGCAGCGACGUGGGCGAGGCGCGGGGCGAGACGGACGGCCGCGUGGGGACCGCGCCGGUAGGGCUCCACGGGACGCCUCGCCUGCGCAGAUGCCUCGGGAUGCGUUUGCGGAAGAAGAGGAUUCGCGUGUCCGGAGACGGCGCGGUCGACAGGAAGCGCCUGACGCGGUUUGCGAGGGGAGGAAGAAGACACGCGCAGCCAACGCGAGGUGGGCGCCUACGCAGUUCACGUUGAGUCCCUCUGGACGCUUCGUCUUAACUGGCCGGGGCGAGGGUUUGGUGGUCUUGGAAGUCGUCACAGGGAUCAGGCAGGAAGCCGCGCAUGCCGCGGGGGUGGAGAGAAACGAAGGAGACCAAGUGAGAUGCGUCGUGUGGAACGAGAAGCGACGAGAAGCGUAUGUGGGGCGUGGGGACGGAGGCAUCAGCGUUUGGGACACCGGAGGGUUCGAAUGGCUUCGGGCGAACUCGGACGAAGAGAAUGAAGACGAAGAGGAAGAAGAAUGGGAAGAGCUCGGCACAGCGCCUGUGGGGAACCCUGUCCUGCACAUCCGCCCGGCGUCUCUCUGA